ACGUCAUUAAACCGCGCCAAACAAAGCUCCAUGUGUAAAAGAGAGACAAGAGAGAAGAGAAAGGGAUAAAGUUUAGUUUCUCUGAGGUUUGAGGGUUUUUAGAAGCAGAAAGUGUGUGAUUUUAACGCUCUGGAGACAUCUGCAGAGCCGAGGUGUUUGUUUGGAGCUGAAACGCUGAAGCUGCUGUGAAGAAUAAACAAAGAAGAAAAUGCCGGUUUUUAAAAUUUAAAGUCCGAGGAGCAAGAGGAGAGCUCAAAACGAUGCUUCUACAUUCCUGUGCUGGUUAAGAAGAAAGAGUAGAUGAUUGAUGGAGGGACGACAUCGAGAAAGGAGAGAGGAGGGAGAUGAGGAGACGAUACGUGAGCAGGAGAGAGAAAGAGGGGAACAGAGGGAUGGAUCUCCAAAACCUAAAUCGGGGACAAAGAUGGAGGAGGAAGAUGAGGGAAAGGAAACAGUACUGAUGAAGGCUUCUUCCAGAGACCAAGCUCGAAGUCAGCUGAUUAAUGGACACACCCCAAUCUCUGCCUCUUCCUCUCUCACCUCUUUUCCCUUCAUCUCCUCCCCUCAUCAGGGAAGGGGGGGCGAGGAUGAAGAGGAGGUCAGAGUCGCCAUACUAACUGUUGAGGAUGAGUCCUGUCCUUCAGAGCCCUUUGGCACCACCCAGUUUGAACCAACCAAGGAUGAUAAUGGACAUGCAGAGAGUGGAGGGCAGGGGAAGGAGGAUGGAGAGAUGGAAGGAGAGGAGGAGGUGGCAGAAGAAGAAAAUGAGGAGGUGGAGGAGGCGACAAAUGCUGAGGAGGAAGGGGAGCUGGCGUCACCUGAGGCUCAUCUGCAACUCAAGAUGAAGAGGAAGUUGGACCAUGGUCCAGACGGCCGGCCGUUCCCUUCGGGGAAGAAGCACUGCAAAGGCAACGGAUACCUCAGUCCAUCCAGUCUGGUUCAGGCCACGCCCACCACAUUCGGUGACUUACGACUGGCUAACGGACAUUCAGCUCAGCGACGACGCGUCACCUCUGGUCCGCCACCCUCCGGCCUGCAGGACUGGCUCCACACCUUCCAGAUGUGGAGCGGCCCUGAGAGGCUGCUGGCUCUGGACGAGCUGAUCGACAGGUGUGAGACCAGCCAGGUGAAGCACAUGAUGCAGGUCAUUGAGCCUCAGUUCCAGAGAGACUUUAUAUCACUUCUGCCCAAAGAGCUAGCCCUGUAUGUGCUCACCUUCCUGGCUCCCAGAGACCUGCUGCAGGCCGCUCAGACCUGCAGGUACUGGAGGGUCCUGGCUGAAGACAACCUGCUGUGGAGGGAGAAAUGCCGCGAGGAAGGUAUAUCAGAGUGUGCGUCGUCUCGUCGCAGGCGACCAAGUGCUGCAGUCAGCGAGUGGAAAUCGACCUACAUUAGACAACAUCGCAUAGAGACCAACUGGAGGAAGGGGGACACACGGGAACCCAUGGUGUUAAAAGGUCACGAUGAUCAUGUGAUCACGUGCCUGCAGUUCAGCGGCGACCUGAUUGUCAGUGGCUCAGAUGACAAUACGCUCAAAGUGUGGUCCGCCAUCACCGGCAAGUGUCUGCGGACGUUGACGGGUCACACCGGUGGGGUGUGGUGCAGUCAGAUGGCGGCUACCACGGUGAUCAGCGGCUCCACAGACCGGACACUGCGUGUGUGGGACGCUGAGAGCGGCGAGUGUGUGCACACGCUUUACGGACACACGUCCACCGUGCGCUGCAUGCAUCUCAACGGCAACCGGGUGGUGUCGGGCUCUCGGGACACCACACUGCGCGUGUGGGAUGUGUCGACUGGCCGCUGUGAGCACGUCCUGACUGGCCACUUGGCUGCUGUGCGCUGCGUUCAGUACGACGGGCGCCGCGUGGUGUCGGGCGGCUACGACUACAUGGUGAAGGUGUGGGACCCCGAGACAGAGGUGUGCCUGCACACACUGCAGGGACACACCAACAGAGUGUACUCGCUGCAGUUUGACGGCGUGUUCGUGGUGAGCGGCUCGUUGGACACUUCAAUCAAAGUGUGGGACGCAGAGACAGGUGGGUGUGUCCACACGCUGACGGGCCACCAAUCGCUGACCAGCGGCAUGGAGCUGCGAGACAACAUCCUGGUGUCUGGGAACGCCGACUCCACGGUGCGCGUGUGGGACAUCCGGACAGGACAGUGUCUCCACACGCUGCAAGGUCCCAACAAGCACCAGUCGGCGGUGACGUGCCUGCAGUUCUGUCGUGGCCUGGUCCUGUCCAGCUCUGACGAUGGGACGGUCAAACUGUGGGACCUGCGGACCGGAGCUUGGCUGCGGGACGUGGUGGCGCUGCAGAGCCGAGGAUCAGGUGGCGUCGUGUGGCGAAUCAGAGCGUCCGACACUCGCCUGGUGUGCGCCGCCGGCAGCAGAAACGGCACUGAGGAGACCAAACUUCUCGUGCUGGACUUUGACCUGGACGAAAAGAAUAAAGAGACGGACUGAGGGGGAAGUGACAUCAUCAAACCCGGUUAAAGCCCAGGCUUAAAAAAAAAAGGAUUUGGCGGUCGGUUAUUUUAUUUGAUUUUUUUAAAGAAAAGUUACAGAAACUCGUCACACUUUGACUUUUUUUGACCAAAGUCCUGACUGGAUCCAGCUCUUCUCGUCAGUCAAACUGAUAGAUGUGAAUGUUACAGCUCGUCCCUAAUUGGCUGGCAGACACGGGUGGAUGAACCCAGUGUGGAUAAUUCAAACAGUGUGACUGAUAUAUCCACAAGGACAUAAAACAUGGAUGUAAAUGGACAAACAGGUGCAUUUAUUUCAAUCAAAACGGCCCCAAGAAGACGGAGUAAGAGAAGUGUUGGAUUUCUUGAAUGUAUCCAAUAAGAGGAAGAACGAGGGCAAACAAUUUUUGUUUGGUUUUUUUUUUGUUUGUUUGUUUUUUUUGCUGCUGAACCAACAAGGAGGUCAACGAUGCUGUUUAACCAAUGCAAAUGUACCAAAUCUUGGCAGCUGGAGAGACACGGGCAACUUUUAGAGGCAACGGCGAUGAGCGAUGUCACAGCAUAUAAACCAAACCUCACAUUUAGUCAGUAUUUUUUUUUUUUUUUUUAAACCAUCACAUUGUUUCACAUUUGUUCUCAACAGCUGAGCCAAAUUCUUCAUCUCUGUUGCCUCUAAACAGCGUGUUUUGAUCCUGCGGUAGAGUUACAUGCUUGGUGCUUGGAAUUCAUGGAAACGGUGGUGAAAUUCGGGAAUUAAAGCUUCUUUUCCCGUCAUGCAAAAGAGGGAAGACUAAACCCUCGAAACAUGUUGGCCACAGGCAGAGCCUCACAUCUGCAAUGGUUGUAACACUGGAAACUUUGUCAAGCUUUACAGAAACAUUAUUUUUAAAGAGAGAAAGGGGAUUACUCUGGUUUACUGCAGGCUAAAUCACUCGCAGACGCACAUGUCCGAAUGAUUUAUGGCGCAGUUUUGCUCGUAGUGCAACAACUUUCUGCCAAAAGCCUAAACAUUUUCAAAGGGGUGGUACCGGCUGCUGCUCAGCUCUGGCAUUAGCCUGUUUCUGUUGAGACAUUGAAGUAUUAAAGUGGGGAAAGCACAGGAGUAAACAGUUCAAAAGGUGGCUGAGUUCCAUUUAGCGCCUUCAGUUUCAGGGUUGUGGUUAUUUACUCGCCGUCAGGGCUGGAGGGGGUGGGGGCUGCACACACAAGCUUUUGUAAGUAUGGAGUUAUUGUUGCUGUUAAACUCAUUCUGUGUGUGAGAAAGGCCUUUUUUCUGCUCAGUAUUAUUGAGAGUGUCUUGGAUGUUUUAAAAGCUUAGGCUUUGGUCACGCAGGCUUAGAGAGCGGUUGUUGACACCAUGGAAACCUCUGGUUGCUAGGGAAAAAUGUGUAUUCCCCUGACCGGUUGGCAAGUGAUUGCUGACUGCUGCUAGAUACUAUUUUAUAAUAUUUAUCUUUUUUUUUUUUCUUCCUUCUAUGCACCGGUCAUUCAUUCAGGUGUGCAGAGGUUAUGAACCACUUGCCUGUUGUUAAGUGAAACUGAUCACAAAGGCUGAGCUGCACCACCUUGUGACUGGGUUGCUAGCAAAUUGCUGUGGUCACCCAUAGUUUAUUUGGAAGUUGCCAACUUGUCUGCAAACACUAGCCAACUGCUCCCAACACAAAACAGAAAAUUAGCUUCUUACUACGUACAUUUCAAAAGGCUCAACUUUUAUUUUGAAGGUGAACUAUCUCUGUUUCCAGUUUGUUUUGCGCUUCUCAGUUUAACAGCUGCAUAGCUGGUGGUGUUUGCAGAUAAGGUGACGUCUUCCAUGCAAACUACAGGCAGUUGCUAGAAACCACUCUCCAACGAGUCUGGGUAUACACAUUUUUCCAUAGCGACCAGUGGUUGCCACGGAAUCGCACACCAGUCUCUAAGGCCUGAAUGACUGAAUGACAUGCCUUUACACAUAGCUGCUAACAUUAGCAUUAACACAGUUUUUAAAAUGAAGAAGAGAAAAGUGAAAAUGACCCUUGAACUCUUCUUCUGAUGCAUGACCUCGGCGAACAUUUUGCAUCUCGAUGGAUAAAAAUGUUUUAUACCUAAAUAAUUAUGUGCUUUUACUUCAAGGCAUAUUACAGACAUAAAAUAACGCCUGUUUUGUUUCUCAUUAGAGAAGCAAAGCAGGUUUUAAUCAGCCACAUUUAUGCUUCGAGUCUGCUCUUCACAUUAAGUUUUCCAGCCAUGUGCUGAUGCCAUUUCUAUGAUUUAUCAGAUAAUCAGCAUUAAGUCUCUGAUCAGUGGUUUGUGUAUAUUUUUUCAAGCAAAUUAGGACAUUUUUCCACCCUGUACUUCGUAUUUUUCCCUUUUCUCUCUUGUGCAGGACUAAGCUGAUUGAGGAGAUGUUGAGCAGCCUAAUAUUAGCUACAAUUUGUGUUCCUCAGACUGUGUGCUUAUGUAAAGUGCACAAAAACUCUUUAAUGUGCAUCAACUUUAUUGUUAUUAGUUUGUACGUUCAUCACGACUUCACAUUACAAAUUUUCAUCGCACUACAUUAUAUGGUUCAUUACUUUUUUUAUUUGUGUUUUCAACCACCUGUUUUUGGGGGUUGUAUUUAGGUUUUUUUGGCAUUACUUUUCCCCCCCCCGGCCGCUGCCACACAUGGGGUCAGUUCGCAUGUUUUUCUCAGCUUGUAAAAUAUUUAGGAAAAUAAGAUAAAUAAUUAAAAACAAUUCCUCUUUACCGAUAUUAAUCUGAUAAGCUGCUGUUGCCAGGCAACAACCUCAACCCAUGAGCAGGUUGCUCUGUUGUUCAUUUCCCCCGGCAACAGGUGAUACGUUUCAGGCAGGGGAGUUGACCUUUUUGCAGGUGUGAGGCUCUCUGACGAUGUAAUCAUGUAAAAUAAUGUAAAUACAAAGAGGAUGUACAUAUUCAGCUUUUUAUAAGAACACAGCAGAGAAAAUAUUGUCGUGGAUGGAGGAUCAGAUGGAGGGAUGACUCUGAAUCAAUAAAGAUGAGUUUUAUAAAGUG